UUUGUUUGUAAGGUACGCGAUCGUACCGCACAGUAUUUUUGUAACUAUUACUUGUCCAUGUCUGCAAUUGCUAGUCUGAGCUGAAUAGCAAUAUUCUCUGCCAUUGGCAUGUCACAUUACCAGUGACGUGAGGGCAUUGUGUGGGAGCGAUUUGGUCAUUUGCUGUCCGGCUGAAAACAGUGCAGCUAGCAGCGCAAAAGGCCGGAGUGAAACCUUUGAGGUACUGUACUUUGUUAAGUUCUUCAAGAGUCGACUGCGACAUGGGGAGAGUUCGUCGCCUUCCCGAGGCCAACGGCCCUAAUCCGUUCACGAACAAGAUUGAAUACACAACGUGGCGGAAAGUUAAAUUGGUAGCUGGAGCGAUUCUCCUGCUGCCUAUUCGCCUGCUGCUCAAUUUCGUGUUCAUGUCCAUCGUGUACACGUGCUCGCGAUUCUCCAGCUGGGGCUGGACGCCCGGCACUCACCUGGUCUGGUGGCAGCGCAUACUGAUGACCGUGGUGGUGCCCAGCGUGGCGCGCGUGUGGCUGUUCUUGACGUUCGGCUACCACUGGAUCCCGGUGAAGGGCCGGCGAGCGUCGGCCAAGGAGGCGCCCAUUCACAUCAUGUCCCCGCACUCGAGCGUAAUAGACAGCUGGAUGAUCUACCCGUACACGUUUGGCUCGCCGCUGUCGCGCAAGGAGAACAGCGGCGUGCCAUUCAUCUCGGCCGUUGCGUCCGCCUCCGAGCCGAUCUGGGUGGACCGCAGCGCCAAGAAGAGCGGUAGCGCCGUCCAGGAGAUGGUGCAGCGUAUCAACUUGCCCGGAUUCUGGCUGCCCAUCGUCAUCUUCCCGGAGGGCACGACGCACAACGCCAAGUCGGUGCUCAGCUUCAAGACGGGAGCGUUCAGUCCCGGCGUGCCCGUCCAACCCAUCCUCUGGCGAUACGACACGCCGGACGUCGGCGUCUGGGAGAGCUUCGGUCUGUCGCUGCCGUUCAUCUUCUUCCACGUCAUGUGCCAGUGGAACAACUCGUUUGAAGUCGAGUACCUGCCGGUGUACGUGCCCAGCGAGCAGGAGAAGCGCGACCCAGUCCUGUACGCCAACAACGUGCGCGCGGUGAUUGCACGCGCGCUGGGUCGCCCGGUCACCGACUAUGCGCUGGAGGACCUGCGCCUGUGCGAGAUAGCUCACGCGGCCGGCCUGCACGAGGACAGCGGCCUGCUGGAGUACGGCCUCAUCCAUCGGCUGUUCGACGUGCGCCUGCCCGCGCUCAAGACCAUGCUGGAGCGCUUCGUGCGCAUGAACGCCAGCAAGAGCGGGCGAGUGAGCCGCGCCGAGUUCCUCGCCGCGCUGAGCUGGCCCGUCACGGAGCACGCCAAUCUGCUGUUCGCCGAGUACGACACGUGCUCAGAAGACGGCACGCUGCGCUUCCGCGAGUACGUGGUGGGGACGCUGGACCUCGCGGAGAAGGUGCUCGAGAAACAGGCGCUGUGUCGCGCUGCGUUUGCCGCUCUCUCCGCCGGUCACGAUGCCCUCUCCGUCGACAGUGUGCUGGGCGCCGCUCGCGAACGCGGUCUCGCCGCGCUCAGCACGCACCACGUGGAGGAAUUCCUGCGGCGAGUAUCGCGCGAGCACGCUCUCGACGAGGCCGGUUUCGAAGAGUACGUGGCGGCCAAUCCCGACGUGAACGUCCUGCUCCAGUGGUUCAUGCACGGCACGGACAGCAUCUAGACUGAAGUGGAUUGGAUGCAGUGUUGGGUGCUGUGCCGUAGUGGCAGCAUCAAUCAAUCCCUUGACUCGACCUCCUGCCAGCAGACACGGAGAGUCUGUGGGCAUGCAGAAUUCAGACUAGUCGCUGGAGACUCCUUGCGAAGUCGAGCGCGUGUGGAGUUCCUUUCUCCCUCCUACUGUCCGUGGUUGCUUCUAAACCGAUCAAGCCGCACAGCUUUCGCUGCUGAGAAUGUGAAUCAUGUCACAACGCACCCCCAUCCCAAUCGGUCAGACCCGGUAUUGAUGUGUCCUUGCGUUGAGGCGGUGUGUGUGUGUUUGUGCGUGUGCGUGCGUGUGUGUAUGUGUGUGUGUGUGAGUGUGCAUGUGUGUGUGUGUCUCGAAAUAACCAACAUGGUCUUUACAAGCACGCUCCAGUCCUGCCAAUAAGCGCGUGUAGGCUGUGUCCAUAGCACGCACGCAUCCCCGCGAGUGGUCGCUCGUAGCGCUGUGCAGUCUGCAUCGUGCUUUGUUUGCUGGCCGUGACUGCGCUGCACGUGUGUGUCCGUAGCCCUGAACUUCUUACUGGUCAUGCCUAUAGGCACCAUCAGUGAUGAUGUGGUGUUUCGUCCCUGGAACGCCUACACCGAGUCAUUUGUCUGGCGUAUUUGUCACUUCUUAGCCAAUUUUUACUACACUCCCCCUUUUUUAGAACUUCUUCUCGUCGAGGAGUUUCCUCUUCGUUUGCUAGUAUAAGAGAGCACUGAAGAUUUUUUUUUAACAAAUCAGUUUUAAAUCAAUUUUAGUCUUGUUUUAUGCCAGUCGUAGUUCGCACUAUCCCUGCCUUCCGGAAUUCCAUUUUCAACUCUUUUUUUAUGUUUCCGCAGGCGUUUACGCUAAAGCUACGUACACGAAUCCAGUCAUGUGAGUAUUGUACGUAUACGUGUAUAUCGUACUAGAACAUCAAGCUUUCCGAUUCUGCUGGUUUCUUCUUUAACCCUUUUUUUUUCUUUUAACCCAUUUUCUUCCCUUUAACCCAAUUUUCGUAUCUGGAAAAGUAUUUACUUGAUCAAUGAGUGUCAGGCGUGCGUCGUACUUUAGCAUAAUAUCAUGUGUUUCUGUGAGAUAAAUCUCAGAUUACCCUACGAAACCGGUGCUUUGGUGUCCAAGUUCUGCUGAUCGGUCACGUCUUUUGAAGAGUAUUUACGUGCGUGCUCGUUUUGCUUGCAGUAUACAUGUAUUGUGCGUGCCUAUGAGUGACUGUCGCUGUGA